GAAUACCCAGAGAAAAGGCACCAAGUCUUUCUCGGCUCGACAACGAGAAUGGCGGCGCUCCUCUUACUCCGAAGGCUGGCGGCCGGCGGCGCGGUGGCAAGGCUGCAGCAACCAUACGCCGGCCUAGCCACCGCAGCAGCGAGGCAGGAAGCUCUAGACUCUACCAGCGAGGAGAGCGGCCGGCCGGACAAGGGGAACAAGAACCGCUGGAUGGAGCUCCCCCCGUUCACGCCGGUCGAUGCCGCCGCCGCUGCGAGAGCCAUUUUUCGAGGGCAGGGAGGAGAUGAGAUAGAAGGGAGCUCCAACUCCACCGCCAUCAGAUGGGUCCGGCGAUGCUGCCCCCACCUGCCCGCCUCGCUGGUGCAGAAGCUCUUCCGCCUCCGCAAGGUUAAGAAGAAUGCUGUGACUGCUGAGACAUCUUCCACAGAUGCUAGUGCUAAGCAAUUCCGGUUGAGAAGGGUUUCGGCGAAAGAUCACCUAGUACCUGGCGAUACCCUCUUUCUACCUGUUAAUAUUCAAGAAUCUCCUGUUGCUGAGAAGGCCAGGAAAUUUGAUAACAGGAAUGAGAUUGAUUUUUUACGUAGCCUUGAGAUUUACAAGGAUAAAGCCAUCAUUGUGGUCAACAAACCCCCUGGAAUGCCGGUUCAAGGUGGUGUUGGCAUAAAAAACAGUAUAGAUGUGCUUGCCCCGAUGUUCGAAGAAAAUUCUUCUGAUGCACCUCGCCUGGUCCACAGACUUGAUAGGGAUUGUAGCGGCGUCCUUGUUCUGGGUAGGACUCAACUUAGUGCUUCCAUUUUGCAUGCUAUCUUUCGUGAGAAAACUGCUGAUGCUUUAGCUGAUGGUACUCAACAAGUAUUGCAACGAAAAUAUGUUGCACUUGUUAUGGGAACACCUAGACAUCCCAAGGGUUUACUUUCGGCUCCACUUGCGAAGGUUUUAUUACAAGAUGGCAAGUCUGAGCGUCUGACAGUUAGAGCUGGUCCAAAUACUACGUCUGUUCAGGAUGCUUUGACAGAAUACAGAGUGAUUGAAUCUUGCCCCCGAGGGUUCACUUGGUUGGAACUAUUUCCUCUUACUGGAAGAAAGCAUCAGCUCCGAGUCCACUGUGCAGAGGUUCUCGGAACGCCGAUCGUAGGGGACUACAAGUACGGGCGGCAAGCGCACCAGGACUGGACGCCUCUUCCCGUGCCGCAAACCGUCGACGAGGAACUGCUCAGGAAGCAGAGGCUUCCCUUUGGCCUUGUCCUGGGCGGCGGGAGCGUCGCGGAGGAGCAGCCUCAGUUGCAUCUGCACUGCAAGCAGAUGAUGCUCCCUGAUAUCUCAACUGCCUUCCAAGGGUUGCAGUCUGAAGACGCCGAGCGUGACUUCUCGGGUCUCGAGAAGCUCAGCUUCGUUGCUCCAUUGCCGCUGCACAUGCGGCUGAGCUGGGAGGUUUUGAAGUCCGUUGACAAGUAAUCGAAGAGUGGCGUCUGAGUCUGUCCGUUCUCUACGCCGACCUACUGUGAUACAGAUGCUGUGUUGCUCAAGACUACAGCCACAGAAGUUGACCAAAAGAUCUCAUUUUAGUACUAUAGCACAGUGACAGCGGUUCCUUUUUUCUUUUUGUUAGGGAAUUCACUAUCCACCACAUUUUCAUUUUCUGUUUGGAGCCUUAACGCUCAAGGGAUGUACUUUAAUGGUUACAUUGUUUUCAAUCGGCAACAUCGUUUAUAGUAGAUCACUAGUGAUCUAUAAACGAUCUUAUAUGUAUCUAACAUCUUGUCAGCUAAGUAUGAAGCAAUCACUGAGCAUGAAAUUGUAUGACACAGUUGACCAA